ACGCAGGCGCGGCAGCCGGCGCGGCUGCCCUUCGCCAAGAUGGCGGACGACAGUGAUACAGCAGUGAGGCGGCCGUCAGGGGAGGAGGAGAACGACCAGCAGCACUGCAGCGACUGCGAGAAUGAGGACGAGCACAACUGCAACCGAGGUGGCUUAAGCCCAGCUGAUGACAGUGGGGGGAAAAAGAAGAAAAAGAAACAGAAGCGGAAGAAGGAAAAGUCGGAUCAAGUUGAUUCAGCCCAAGAUCAGACAGUAAAGGUGACCUUGCCAGCAGAAAGAAUGCAGGAGAUUCAAAAGGCCAUUGAGCUGUUCUCCGUAGGACAAGGACCUGCCAGACAAUGGAAGAAGCCACCAAAACGCAGCUAUCAGUUCUACACACAGCCAGUCCCUAAAUUAGGAGAAGUAGUGAACACUCACGGACCUGUUGAACCAGACAAGGACAACAUCCGCCAGGAGCCCUACACUUUGCCUCAGGGUUUUAUGUGGGAUGCUCUGGACUUGGGGGAUCGAGGUGUGCUCAAAGAGCUGUACACUCUCCUGAACGAGAACUACGUGGAAGAUGACGACAACAUGUUCCGGUUUGAUUAUUCACCAGAGUUCCUCCUGUGGGCUUUGCGUCCUCCAGGCUGGCUGCCCCAGUGGCACUGCGGUGUGAGAGUCAUUUCCAGCAAGAAGCUGGUUGGCUUCAUCAGUGCUAUCCCGGCUGCUAUACACAUAUAUGACACGGAAAAGAAGAUGGUAGAAAUAAACUUCCUCUGUGUGCACAAGAAACUGCGUUCCAAGCGGGUGGCCCCUGUGCUGAUCCGGGAGAUCACCCGACGGGUCCACUUGGAGGGGAUUUUCCAGGCUGUUUACACUGCCGGUGUGGUACUGCCAAAGCCUGUUGGUACCUGUAGGUACUGGCACCGGUCCCUGAAUCCGCGCAAGCUGAUUGAAGUGAAGUUUUCCCACCUGAGCAGGAACAUGACUAUGCAACGCACCAUGAAGCUCUAUCGGCUUCCGGAGACUCCAAAGACCCCAGGGCUGCGGCCGAUGGAGCAGAGAGACAUCCCUGCUGUGCACAAACUUCUGGCUGAGUAUCUGAAGCUCUUCAACUUGACCCCUGUCAUGAAUGAGGAGGAGGUGGAUCACUGGUUUCUACCCCAGCCCAACAUCAUAGACACAUUUGUAGUUGAGAACACGGAUGGGGAGGUGACCGACUUCCUGAGUUUCUACACCCUGCCCUCCACUAUUAUGAAUCACCCAACCCACAAGAGCUUGAAGGCGGCCUAUUCAUUCUACAAUGUCCACACCAAGACACCACUUCUCGACCUCAUGAACGAUGCCCUUAUAUUGGCCAAGAUGAGGGGCUUCGAUGUUUUCAAUGCACUGGAUCUCAUGGAGAACAAGACCUUCCUGGAGAAGCUGAAAUUCGGGAUUGGAGAUGGAAAUCUGCAGUAUUAUCUCUACAAUUGGAAAUGCCCCAGCAUGGGGCCAGAGAAGGUUGGCUUGGUGCUGCAGUAACCAGUAAUCUCUGGAGAAGUGCUGGCAAAGCCGCUGAAGACGGGCUAGAGUGGAACUGCUGGCCGUUGCCGUUCAGAUGUCUAUGGAAGUGCAACCCUCCCGCGGAGGAGCUGGCGCCCCCCUACACUGGCCAUGCGGACCGUCCACUGACACUUCUGAUGAUUGUACCAUGCGCCUCGGAGUGCGCCGACACGUUAGCAUCAGCACUUGGCCUCCUCUCCCCCCCCCUCCCCACCCCGUACAACCACGAUCAAGGGAAUGUAACUGCUGAAAAACUAGCUCACAAUUGGCAUAUAUUGGAGUUAACGGGUGAAUAAUAAUAAAAAAAUAUAUUAUAUAUUCUAUACUUUAACCAUGUUUGCUGUUCAGCGGAACUGGGACUGGAACCACGGGGUUGCUUAGCUUUCUGUUGUAGAAAUAGCGUUGAAAAUGGCCCAGAUUGCCCCAACCAUCACCAGCAAAAUUAGUGUUGUGUGGUGCAUCCCAACACCCAGCUAUAUCCAGUUUUUCUCUGUGACAUCUAAAGCACAAUUGAGCUUCAGUGUGAGUUUUCUCUGGUGUGGUUGCCCAAGGCUGGUGCUAGUUAAUGAUGUUGGGGGUUGUUUUUUUAAAGCCAAUUUUCUGCCUUGUGCAUGCAGCAAAGGGCUAACGUGCUUAAUACUCCUAUUCAGCUUUUCUUUUGGAAAGAAAUAAAGGGCUAAUUUAGUGACUUGCAGAGCUGUCGCAGAACUGAACUCUUGUGGGAUGAUGUAUGUAGCUGUCCCAUCUCUCCUGUCCUGGACUUGCGCUAAGGUUUGUCGCUGCAACACUUGACUCUCCAAACUGUUAACAGCCUGUGCCUUUUGGCUCUUAAAAUCCAUGUUGGCCAUGCCUUGCUUUAUGGGAGCAGUUCUUCAUUUUCCCCCUCCAAGAGAUGGGAGUUAUUUGGGGCUUGCGAUGUCUUGGAACUACAGCUCCGCCCCAUCUGUGUUUUCCUACAACAGAAUCGAACGCACUGCCCGUUUUUCGACCUUUCCUGAGCUGCAGCGUCUCCCUUCUGCUUAAGUCAACUAACAGUCCGCUUGUACUGCCCAGGCCUGAAAAGAACAUUUUUGUGCUCCCUUCUGUGAGAAUCUGCUGAUAUUAUGAGAAACUUUCCUGGCAGUUGUGCCUGUUGCCUGUCCGCAUAAACCCAUGAGAAUUUCAUUCAAGCUACCAUGGGAAUGGCUAUCUGUAACUUUGCCAGUGAAUACUUGCAACGGGAGACAGACCAUAUUAUGUUGCUGGUGUAUCUGUUACAGCAAGGUUAUUUUACUUCCUAAAGUUGGGAAGAUCAGGCCUUCAUUCGAGGGCUUCUACUCAGUGACCUCUUUCAAGGAAGAGGCUUUCCAGUUUCCCAGGGACAAUGUGACCCAACACUAAGGAGAUAAUGUCUUUCUACACCCACCCUUGCUGCCCGUCUUCCAAAAUCAGCAGAUUUUCUAUCUGUGCAGUGAACAAGAUGGAUGGGCCUUGUCUUACAGAGGGCUCUACCAAAUUUUGCUACGGUGGGAAACACCACCAGGAAAAUGGGCUUUUCAAAAGGUCUUCUCCAUAUCUGCAAGGCGUUGGAAGUCAUCUGGAAAACAAGGAUGGCUGAAAAGAAGCUGAGACCGUGAAGAAGAGCAGGAGGGAGGAAUUGGCCUCCCAUGAAUUAAAGAGGUGUCACUUGGAUCUGUGAAAACCCAUCAGUGGUGUUUGUGGUGAGAGACAGCCACUCUACUUCAAGGUUUGAGCUGAGAUCCUAGGAAGGGUGUACCUCUUAUCAUAGCCAAGUCAGUGGCUUUUAUGUUGUUUUUUAAAAAAUAUACCAUUUAUUAUAAGAAAUUCACAUUAAAAAAUACAACACAAUUCAAUGAAAUUUGCUAAGAACUGGCUAAAAAAUGCAACUGUAUCCCAAAUAAAAAUAAGCAGUGUACACAAGGGAAAAGGGUCAAGAGUUUGGACAGGCUUAGGAAAACUUGAGUUUUUAAGAGGCAUUUUAGAAGUCGUCAUGGUCCCUGCCUCACAGAUUUCCAGAAGGAGGGCAUUGCAGAGGAUGGCCAGCUUCCCCAUUGCUAGCAAGGGUUCUCCUUGGAAUAUCUCGCAGGUCAGUUUGGUUUUCAUUGAAGGAGAUGCUCUGCUAGCUAUCCUGGUCCUGUGUUGUUUAGGGUUUUAAAUGUUAACAACAAAACCUGUAGUUUAGGCUGGGAAAACCUUUGUCUACAUCCUUGGGAUGUGGAAUCUGUGGCCUUCCAGCUGUUGACUGCAACUCCCACCAUCCCUAACCACUUACCAUGCUGCCAGGGGCUGAUGCAGGUUGGGAGUCCAACAUGAACUGGGGACACCACAGGUUCACCUCCCCUAAUCUAGGCCAUAUCCCAUCAGACUGAAUCUCCAUAUAGAAAACUAGUAUACAUAAGGGAGAAGGCUGGACUGCAACCAAUCUUCCUCACCUGCUUUGUAUGGUGAAGCAUCCAUUUCUGUGUUGAGACUACCUGUUCUCUUAAAUGGUACAAUCCAGACACAUUUACCACCUGAGUGAAAACUGGGCUCCCAAGUGCGGUUCCUUCCACUGCCGGGCAGAAAAGGACAGCAUUAUCUAGAUAACUUGGCAGCACCUCAAAGUGCUAUAUCUGUUGCAAAAGAUGUAUAUCUCAUUCCUUACUUUGCCCAUGGCUUUCUACCCAAGCAUUGUAUUUGGAAACCGACCCUCCUUCGUGAAGACUGAUUCAUAAAGACGUAACGGUUUCAAAACACGUUAGGAGGAAGAGGAAAUCUCCCUUAAGCUAGAAACCAGCGGUUGUGCAAUUCUUGUGUCGUAGGCUGGCAACGCCUGCAGCUUUUAACCUCCUGCUUGUGCGGUUGACUCAGAGCUUGCUACGUCGCCCUUGGAGGUUCAGUAGAACAUUACGAAAAGGAUCUCUCCUGUGAUCUGUGCUUGCUUUGUCCAAGUUGCCUUUCCGUCUUUCCACGGUCAAGUGUAUUGCUGCUUUAUUCAGAAGGAAUACCUUCAUUUCCACCCGAGAGGGGUUUGAGAAAACACCCCUUGGAUUUCCAAUGCUUUGAAAACUUUGCGAGAACUAUAAGCCUGAAGGCAGCAGCUCCUUCGACAGGACAUGCCUCUGGCAUUGAAAGAACACUGGAGUUUCCCUGGCUAAUUCCCGUUUGCUUCGCAGACAUGUUCCUAGCUCUAGAUCCUGUAUAGACUUUAAUGGGCCCUCUUCUAGCAUUUUGCCCUGGGUUUUGCAUCCAUUUUCAUUUUGGAUACGCUUUUCAGGUGUGCUGUGAUGAGGACGCAGACAUCUAGCCUGGGCUUGUGCAUUUCUCUAUAUAUUGCAGUCUCUGUAUAGCAUUCUUCAAAUGUGAUAAAUGUGUAAUAUUCCUUUUCA